AAAUAUACGAUCAACAUAAAAUAGAAAGUAAUUUUACAAACAUUAUAUGUGACUUGUUAAAAGUUUGUAACACCGAUAUAGAAUUGUAUUCAAAGGCAAACGUUGAAGGUUACAAAUAUAAACAAAAUUUCUAUGUAGCUUGUUUUAACAAAGAUAUCACAUUUUAUAUAAUAAUGAGUAUUGUUCUUUUGAAAAAAGAGAACGUUCUUCUUUUUGGGCAAAAGUUGAAUAAAGUCCAGUACAAUCCCCAUAUUUUAGCUUUUGAAAUCAAUGAAAAGGCAUUGGGUGAAUUUUCAAUUAUUGCUUUGAAGGACAUUGUUGGCCCGCCGAUCAAUUUAAUUAAAACCGCAAGAGGUAAAACGGUUUUCAGAGUUAAGGAAUAUUUUGCUUUGUACGAUCAUUAAAAUUAUAGAACUUUUCCAAAGCCUUACCAACCUACACAUUUUUUAAAAAUAUUAAAAUUCAGUAAGUUGUAAGCAAAAAUCACUUCUACACGCACACGACACAUAUGAACACUUACACUAUCUUAUGUACCGAUACGCUUCUCAAGCAUCAAAAUACAUAUACUACACAUUAAGGGAAUAUUACUUAUUUAUCGCCACGGAACGAAGGACAGUUCUACACAAGGCAUUCAAACUUUUGACUGGCGAAAACCGACUUUAAUGUACACACAAACAUCAAACUCAACCAAUCAGACUGCUGUAUAUAUGAAGUUUUUUUUUCCUACAAAAAAUACUAGAUAACAAUAAACCAUUUAACACCUGGGAAUGGCUUCAGACGAAAUAAAUAAUUUUGAACAAAUACAAUUGCCUGAUGUCACCGCCAACGAUUUAGAAACGGGGAAAGUCAUAACUCUUACAGAGCUUAGUCAGAGUCAACUGGAGGUAUUUUUAAACAAAUUACAAAAGAACUGCGACAAACCAGAAGGUGAAAUUGAAGAGUUGCUGCAAACUUGGGAUCAACUAGAGCUUUUGGAGCAUUUCAAAAGUGAAAAUGUGGAUAUAGAAGUCCUCAAGAAAAUUGAGUGCCAUCAUUUGCCGCAAAUCUUAAAGCCGUUCAAAUACACGACCCUCAUAACAUUUGAGCAAAAUCUGCGAAAGUGGCGGGAAUCUAUUGGCAUUCCACUUUUUCUAUAUUCACAAUCACAUUUUGGAUCAAUUCAUCAGUCGCCAAGUACAUCAACAAGAUCUAUCCCAUAUUCAUCACCACUAGCGUCCAGACCAGAAACUCCGACCACUCCAAAGACACCCUACUCUCCGAAAAAUUUAACAUUGUCAACUAUUUUAAACAAUAAUGCAAACGGGCUUGCACUUGCUGAAAGCUACGAUCGAAAUAAACGAUUUACGGACAAACAACGAGCGCAAUUGAUAUCCGUUGUAGCGCAAUAUUUUGACAUUAAUAAAAUACAUCUUGACUUGUCUGCUAGCUAUAAGAUAGAAAAGGAGAUUGUAGAACGAUUUCCAACUGAAAAAUUGGAAUUUUACCGAACGAGCAAACGUGGUAAAAUUUACAAUAAAUAUUGUAAUUUAAAAUUCACGUUCAAGGCGAUAAACGAGCCUCAAAGUAUCAGACAAUCUAUAAAGACGUGUGGGAAAAGGGGAGUUCGAGAAGAGAUUCCAGAGUUAAUUGCAGAAGAAAACGCCGAACAAUGCUUGCGGUCAUUAAAAUUUGAUAAUCUUUCCUCGGAAGAAAUUGAUAGAUGUUGGAUGGCAAGUUCCCAAUACAGGCUCUUGGAAAUACAAAAUUCCGAAUCAACAUCAGACGUAUUUAAAAAAUGGCCACAAUACAAGCAACCAUCUGGCUAUCGCUUUGUGGACAUGGACUUUGGCUAUUUGCACAAGAACUGCUCUUCACUUUUAGACACUUGGGAAGAACUUCAUGAGAAAAUAGUAAACUUUCUGUGCAACGAAGACCACAUCAAAGAAAAAUCCAUAAAGCAGACUCUCAUAAAAAUGAGAUCGAUGAAUCCAUCCGAUAAUUGUCGAGAUGCUACAAUUAUGUGGUCACUUCAUGGGUACUAUAUUCCCAGCCAAAAAUCUGUGCGAAAAGACAGAUUUGGAAAGAAAAGCACCACUAAGUAUACGAUCAAGGACUCCCAGGAAUCAUUUCUUUACAUUGGGCGAAAUACACAGGUGGUUGAAGAACAUAUCGGAUUUUUGAACCAGAGAUCAGAAAGUGUUCAGCCCUUCAUAUAUGUCCUUGGAGAGGAUGUAUUGAACUUUCAAGAGAUAUACGUCUACUUUGACGGUGUUAAAUUUCCAUUUGUAUCAUUUUCUAGGGCAGUAGACAUUUGCUUCAAAAUAUUUUUUUUAUUUAAUUUAAAGUUUCCUACUGCAUCCUCUAGUUUUUGGAAUUUUAUUGAAUCCUUAUAUUUUAGCAGUAAAAAAAAUCAAUGUUCAAAGACUCAUAUAUUGCUCAACGCAAUAAAACCAAUAAAUGUAUGUGACUAA